ACACCUUGACUCGUCGGAUGCAAACGGCAUGCACGCGAAAUAGGGCUAUUUCCCCUUCCUUCACGCUCAUCUCUUUUCACACGUCAAAAUAUUCGAGCAAUUGAAUUUCGCCACCUCAAGUCCUUUCCACUCGACUUCAGAGUGCCUUUCACUUUCAUGAAUUUUGGGUAUAAAAUCUGCGGUAAUGCUACAUUCUACCAUCAGUUAUCUCCGUGCCUCAAAACCGAUCUCAUCAAAUCUAAUCCAUCAAAAUGGUCUUUAAGUUCUGCAUUUUGGCUGCCCUUGCGACCGUGGCUAGCUGCGGCUACGCCAGCUCCUCCGCGGACGUGAAAACAGGCCACGCAGCGGCAUCUUACGGAACUUACGGCGCGGGGUCUUACGGAGGCUACGGACACGAAUCGUACCCUGACGCGCACCCCAGCUACAAAUUCGCUUACAGCGUACACGACCCACACACUCACGACGUGAAGGCUCAGGAGGAGACCCGCGAUGGACACCACGUCAAGGGCUUCUACUCCUUAUACGAGGCUGAUGGCAGCAAGCGAGUGGUCCAUUACGCCGACAACGGACACGGCUUCGAAGCCACCGUCCAGAAGGAGGGUGCCCACCACCCCGUCUCCGCUCCUGUCCACUUCUCCUCGUCACCAUCGCCCGCCUACCACACUGCUCCGGGAUACGGAAAAUACCAUUGAAG